AUGGCAAGCGCUAGACCACCAUGCCUAGUUUGCGAUAGCACUGAAAGCAAAUACAAAUGCGCCCGCUGCAACCUAUACACGUGCUCGCUCUCGUGUUUCCGUGAGCAUCGGGACAAUCAUCCACCUGUCGAGUCCUCUGCACUGCAAUCAAAAGAUGCCUCGUCUGUAAUGCCAGGAGACGACGUUAAGUCUCAGCCUAACUACACACUUACCGGUGAAACUACGACGCAUCAAUCCACCCCUAAGGGUUCAGACAUUGCCGACAUGCCAGAGUAUAGAGACUUGACCAAGAAGUAUCCUAACUUAGAACGUCUGCUUUGGAAUAUUGCCGCAGCUACAGACCCUCCAGCCACCGGCGGCGAUCACAACGGAAAGCCUAGCACAUUGCCCAGUUCUAAUAAAGGUAGUCGUAAGGCGACUCAACCCUGGACAAAAGAAACGGGCUACGAGCAUGGCAUAGAGGUGCUCCGUCAGACUCGAGAUACCCCUGGAUGCGAUAGAGACGCCCUUAAGGAGUACUGCGAGCUGGUACGGCUGUGGAAUUUCAGACGAGAAUCCGCCGAUGUAGAUGCCGAUCUUCGACAGCAGCUCGCUCGAGAUAAUGCUAGAGCCAUCGGAGAACUUUUGCGCACCGAAAAGGCCGACGUCUAA